ACGUAUCAACGUAGCAGCAACGACCAAGACGAAAAAGUAAACAAUAAAAUUAAAAUUUUGGUAAUAUUGGAAGAAUAUGACAUCGCGGAAACGUAGUGGAAGUGGUUCCUCCAAGAGGCCCAAAGAAAAGGUGGUUUAUAUAUACGAAUUGCUCUUUCGCGGUGAAGAUCCUAGCCAAGACCGCCGUCCUGAUUUCUCGGAAUUUUGGAAUGAGUUCUUUUUGCUACAACCCAAUGUGGAGGUCUUGGAGGGAGAGAUUAGCAAAUUGACGGGCGAACAAUUUGCGCUGGUGAAACCAAAUCUAAAUAUGAUAUUCCAUAAAUGCAUAGAAAUGUUGGACACAGAUCAUCCCAAGCGCCUUUGCAAUAGCCUUCAAACUCUGUGCUCAUUGUUUUAUGGGAUUUUUAAGAAAUCCACAGCUGACAACUCCUAUGAUAUACUCAAUGAAAUAUUUGGCUAUGAACAUAUGGACAAAUGGAUGAAGCAAUUGAUGGAACAUUGUAAUCGUAUAUUGUUGGGCGAUAUUACCGAAAACGCCCGCUUUAUGUGCCUGAAGUUAUUGCUGGUCUUAGUAACGGGCACUGACAAUGUUAGCCAAAAUGUGCUGCUGGAAUAUCUUAUGAUGAACACUUUGUUUGAAGCCUUUGUUAAACUGCUUAGUGAUCCCACAUUGAGAGCACAACAUGGCCAUGAUAUAGUAAUACUGCUUACUAUAUUGGUUAACUAUCGGAAGCAUGAAGCAACUAAUCCCUAUAUUGUGCAAUUAUCAAUUUUGGCUGAUGAAUUGGCUUUGAAUGGAUAUGGCCAAAUGAUAUCUCAGUCAUUAAUUGAUUUCUGCCGCCAAUACAUGCAAAGCCUGAACAAUGCCCAGUCAUCAUCAUGGUUUUCCUCUCUGUCAAAUAUUGUGGGAAAUAUGUUUGUUUCGGAUGAGGGCUGUGAACGAGUGCAACAAAUUAAAGCCAAUAAUGGUUUGCUAUUGGCACUCUAUGAGGCAGUGCAUUUAAAUCGUAAUUUUAUCACCACCUUGGCCCAUACACAGGCUGAGUCGAGUGCACCACCAUCGCCCAGUAAUACUUUAAGUCUAACGCAACCGGUGCCUGAUUUGGCCAAUGCGCCCAUAAUAGAUAUGACACAAUAUCCAACGAAUUUGUUGGUGGCUGUUUUCCAAUAUUGUUCCAUUGUCAUGCAGGACAAUAAAAACGAAUCUAGUGUGGCCAAUUUGAAAUUGUGCUUCUUAAUCUUGACCUGCAUAUCAGAAGACCAAUAUGCCAAUUCCAUGAUGCAUGAUAAUAAUUUGACCUUUAAGGUCAUGUUGCAUAGAGCCCAAAUGCGCCAUCGCAAAUUAAAUGUGGAUCGUGUGGGCAAAUCUCAACCCUUGGCAGCCACUUUGUUGGAUCUUCUGGUGGAAUUUAUAGUUUCACAUUUAAUGAAGAAAUUCCCCAUGGAACUGUACUUAUUGUGUGUGGGAGUUAUACAUCGUAUAUUGUGCUAUCAGAAACGUUGCCGAGUUCGCCUUAAUUAUCCCUGGAAGGAGUUGUGGUCAGCCUUAAUUGGUUUGCUAAGGUUUCUGGUGAAUCAAGAGCAAGCCUUAAUGAAAAAGUGCAACAUAUUCUAUUUAUCGUUGCAGGUGGUGAAUAUUUUUAAUUUAUUUAUAACUUAUGGUGAUACAUUUUUGGCCACUACAAAUAGUUAUGAUGAGUUAUAUUAUGAGCUGAAUAGGGAGGAAAAAGUCUUUACUGAAUUACAUGCCAUGGUUCUACGCUACACCACCAUGCCCGACUGUGAAUACAAAGACGAUGUCAUUAAGCUAUUGAAUUCAUUGGUCAAUAUUUUGGCAAUUGUCAAGCAUUUCCAAAACAAAAUUAAAGAGUGGCUGGCCGAACAGGGUCUAUCCACUCCCACAGAAGAGCAAAUUCUCGAUGUGGUUAGAAAAAAUUACGAUCUAACCCUAAAGCUACAAGAUUCCCUGGACCAUUACGACCGCUAUGCGGAAGCUCCUCGCCACACAAACUUUUUCAAAAGUAUGGUUAGAGAUGUGGUUGCCGAUACAAGAAAACAAAUCUAUGGCUAUGUUAAGGAUGCGGUCUCAACCAUUCCUGAGCCCGAUGCCAUGUUAACCUCAACUUCAUCAAAUUCAUAAAUUGUUUACAUAAAACCAUGUUCCUUCUUUCCCUUCCCUCCUUGUAACUUUCUUAACAAACACCCAUACAUACAUAUAUAUAUCUAUGAACGGACUGUUUCUUCAUUAUUUUUUAAGUUUUUAAAUUUUAUAGAUUAUGUAUUUUUCCCCCCUUAGCUAUAUAAAUAUUAUUAUUGUAUGAUUUUUGUACGACUCUUGUCGGAAAACAAUUUCUAUUGGGACAAUGAUAAGAAUCGAAUGAUUAUAAAAAAU